CAGCCGUCGCUCAGAAGCGACUUCGUUCCUAGUCCGAAACGGGAAACAAUACAUACGUUAUAAACGCAAGCGGGGACGUCAUGUAGCGAAACAACAGCUGAAAACAGUGUUUAUCUGUGAAACGACGAUGCUAUCUUGGACUUUUCUAGACAUCAGCAAGCAGGUGUUAAAAACAAAAGCGCGGUUGCGGAGUUGUAGUAGUUGGAGAAGUGAGACAGAAGUUAUAACGUGUAGUUUAUAAAUCUGAAACCUGUAGUUAACUUUUUUUAACUUUAAAGCGCAACAGGUUGGAAGAUGGUAUCGUGGAUUAUAUCUGGGUCCAUCGUUCUUGUGUUUGGAACACUGUAUCCUGCAUACUACUCUUUUAAAGCAGUCAAAUCCAAGAACGUCAAAGAAUAUGUGCGAUGGAUGAUGUACUGGAUCGUGUUUGCUCUUUAUACCGUUGUGGAGGCCAUCACAGAUCUUUCUUUGGCAUGGUUCCCACUUUACUACGAGCUAAAAGUAGCAUUCGUUAUCUGGUUGCUGUCCCCUUACACCAGAGGAGCCAGCCUCAUCUACAGAAAGUUUCUACACCCAAUGCUGGCAUCCAAGGAGAGGGAAAUUGAUGAUUACAUAGUGCAAGCCAAAGAGAAGAGCUAUGAGACCAUGGUGAAUUUUGGUCGUCAGGGUCUUACCAUCGCGGCCACGGCUGCCGUCUCUGCCGCAGUUAAGGGGCAGGGUGCCAUCAGUGAACGUCUGAGAAGUUUCAGUAUUCCUGACCUGACACAGAUCCCAUCCGACCAAUCAGCAUUCUCCAAUCCUGGUCGACGAGCCAUACAGGCUGCUAACCUGAGCUCUGAUGGUUCUGGGGAGGUGCAUGAGGAGGAAACAGAUGGAGUUUUCUCAGAAGACGAGGCAUCGGUGCAGAAGGGUCUGCGGAGAUCUCAGAGUGUGAAAAUGACACGUGCCAAAGCAGCACGCAAAGAGCCACGGUAUGGAUCUUUGAAGCUGAAACCUAGAAGGAGGCCACUGAUUACAUCAUCAACAUUUGACCAUCCUUGACCAUUUUCUGCUACACAACUACAGAUGGAUACCUGUCAAAUCGACCACUGACUGCAGUUUAAACCUCAUUUCAAAACUGCUGAAGUUAUAAUUUCAAAGCAACACUAAACCCAAAAACAAUUAACAGACUUAAAAUGACAUUUGCAUUUAAACAUUUACUAGAAGCUUUUAUCCAAAGUGACUUGCAGUGAAAAUAUACACAUGCAAAUGAUACAUGAUACAAGUAGUUUUGUUCUGUUUAGUUUAAAAAAAAAUACCAAAGCCUAAUACAAUAGGAGAACAAAAAGGGCCAACACUUAUUUCUAUGCAUCUGUUAAAAUAGUAAACUGUACUAAGAAAGUACUAAAAAUCUCAAAGUAAUCUGAGAAAGGAUUGGAAGAUAUCCAAUCAGCUUGACCUAAACCUGCCUCUAAAGAGAUGGCUCAUAUUACACAAAGCCAGUAUCACUGUAGCAGACAUCACUGCUACCCUCACUCAACCUCCAUAGGGGCAGGUGUCAAGGUCAGUGUAACCGUAGAGGAUGGCUUUUCAGCAUGCAUUCACAGAAAUGAAACGAAAAAAUUUCUGGGGAAAGGAAAAGCUAACAUCUACCCAAAACUGCUUGUUAUGCUGUUAUUAACGGAGUAUGCAUGCACGCAUAGGCACGUCUGAAUUUUAUUGUUUACAGUUUGCUUUAUUUGCUUUGAGUCUUAAGAUGUCAAUACAUUAUGUAUUGUUUUUUUAGGUCUUAACAGUAUUUGCAAAAGCUGGCUCCAAAUAAACGUCCUAAUUUUAAAUGUUUUAGGGUUUUAUUUAAAUGCAUUGUGUGCAAUCGUUAAUUGUGUGCAAGUUUAAUUGUUUUGAUAUUUGUUUCUUUGGUAUUUAGUGUGUCAUGCUAGUCUUCUGCCUAUCUUGUUUUAAUAUUGAAAUACACUAAUUUACACUCCAGCUGAACCUUACAGAAUCAUGACAGGAUUGUGAGUCGAAUGUUUGUCUACAUUGCGGUUUAUUCAAGUGUAAACAGUAGGAAUGCCUUCAUGCAUCCAUUUUUGGUUUGUGUUUGACUGUUUUUCACUCUUGUACUUGUUUGGGAAAAGUUUGUUUUGAAAAGAUGCGUUCUGCUGAAUGAAGAUAGCAUGUCGAUAAGGGGGUACAUUCUUAAAAAUAAAGGUUCUUUCAAAUGUAUAUAA